AUGCCUGUGGCUGUACGCCUUGUAGAAGUAUUAGCCAUCGUGUCUCUUGUUGCAACAAUGGCUGCUGGAGCUGCCGUCAUUAUAUUCAUGGAAAAAUGUUUACAUUUUCUCGUUAUGAUUAUCGAUCCGCUCGUGGCAUCAAUUAAUUUUAUUUUAGGAGUAUUAAAAUUUGUUUUUUUGAAAAUAAUAUACAAAUUAACUUAUAUUAUGGAACAUCUGACGGCGACGCUGUGGGAUAAAUCAUCGCAAAAAUGUCCGAGCUAG